CCUACUCCAAUGCAUUAUCAUAUAUUUGGCCAGAAUAUUUCCCUCAGCAAAUCACCCGUUAUACACAACGCCGCAUUCGCAGCACAUCGCCUUCCGCAUAGCUAUGAUAUCCGAGACUGCGAUGGCCUGGGCGAAAUCGAACAUCUGAUCAAAGACAACGACUUCGGAGGUGCCAGUGUCACGAUGCCGCACAAACUGAGCGUGGAUCGCUACUGCGAUCAGAUCUCUGACGCCGCGGCCGCAAUCGGCGCAAUAAACACUCUGAUUGCCCGCCAGAACGUGAACACAGGACAGCAAUGCAUAUACGGUGAUAAUACCGACUGGUCUGGUCUGUUCAAUAUUGUGUCGAAGGACCAGCAUUUGAGAUCGGUGGACAGGCCCGUGGGACUGAUCAUUGGGGCUGGCGGCGCGGCCAGAGCAGGUAUUUACGCUCUGGUCCAGGCAGGGAUUCAGAAGAUUUGGGUGUUGAAUCGAACAUUCGACAAAGCUCAAAAAGUGGCAGACGAUUUCCAAAAGAUUGCCAAUGUUACUGCCGUUGCCAGUUCUGUUGAGAUUUUGGAAUCACCUGAUGUCAUUAUUGGGACCAUACCAGGGGAAGCCAUGCCAGUUCAUGCGUUUGUAGAUCUAUUCCAAAAGGAAAGAGGUCUAUGCAUCGAAAUGUCUUAUAAGCCACCCGUCACAAAUUUUCUUUCGGCUGCCAGCACACAUCCGGGGUGGGACAAAGCUGAUGGACUGGAGGUGCUUUUGCAGCAGGCGUUCGAUCAGUCGAGGUUAUGGACCGGGAAAGAAGCACCGGAGGAAGUUAUGAGAAAGGCCAUGGAUGAUUCCUUUCCCGAUUUUGGCAAGACGUCAAAGGAUGGAUAUGGAACCGUUGGCAAGGUUCGCAUCUAG